GCAGAGAGAGAGCGAGCGAGCGAGAGAGAGAGAGAUGUCGUACCUUUUGCCGCACCUGCACUCAGGGUGGGCGGUGGAUCAGGCGAUCCUGGCAGAGGAGGAGCGCUUGGUCGUCAUCCGCUUCGGCCAUGACUGGGACGAGACCUGCAUGCAGAUGGAUGAAGUGCUGGCUUCUGUUGCAGAAACCAUAAAGAACUUUGCAGUGAUCUACCUGGUUGAUAUCACGGAGGUGCCAGACUUCAAUACCAUGUACGAGCUGUAUGAUCCCUCGACCGUGAUGUUCUUCUUCAGGAACAAGCAUAUCAUGAUCGAUCUUGGGACAGGGAACAACAACAAGAUUAAUUGGGCCCUCAAGGAUAAGCAGGAAUUCAUCGACAUCGUGGAGACUGUGUACAGGGGUGCAAGGAAAGGCCGUGGCCUGGUGAUUGCUCCAAAAGACUACUCCACCAAGUAUCGCUACUGAU